GCAGUGAAUAUUGUUACAAAAGAACACGGCUAGUUGUUCAUUAGCUUGAUCGACUGUUCAGAAAAGAGCGAAAUAUAAUGGAGACGGCACUAGUUUUUCGUGGAAUUAUUUUAUUCUCAGUGAUUGUCUCCCUUUACGGAAUUCCGCGAGAAGUUGUAACCUCAAUAGGUAAUGGUCGAGUCAAAAGGACACUCGUAUUGGACGGCAGGGCAGCACGUGCGUCCCCAGUAGUGACCAAUGGGGGUCACUCAGAUAAAUCCCCCCUCUCUGUUGUCAAGGAGACAGCCAAAUCCAGUCAAAAAGCAAGUUUUUCUAACUCUACCAAAAAUGCAGGGCGUCACAGAAAGAGAAAGAGGAGAGAUUUGGAACACGAGAUUCGGUCCGGAGAUAUUUUUGACAAGCAGGAUAUCGAUCCCGAUUCAGAAGUAGCAGGACUGAUAGAAGGGAUGUUUGUUGAAAUCAAUGGAACAGAAUACCAGUCUAAAAUCGACAUGGCACAUUCCAAUAAUCACCGGGGAGAGGACAUGGAUUCUCAUCGCUAUACUCAUCUCCAGAAGGUCAUCCGAGGACUAGAGUCAGAAUAUGACAGUGAAACAGACAAGAGACGCCGGAAGCGGAACUUCAUCCUUCCUGAACAAUACCUCUGGCCCAGCGGCAUCGUGCCGUACUACAUCGACCCCAAUCAAGGUUCCUGGUUUCGUUCAAUGGUUCUCAGCGGUAUAAAUCAGGUAAUGUCCUUGACCUGUAUCCGGUUCACACCGGUUGGAUCCAGUCUCGCUAACUCCGUGGGUCACGCUAACCACCUGUAUAUUUUCUCAGCUGGGGGGUGCUGGUCGUACGUCGGUAUGAUGGGAUGGGGUCAACAACGACUCAGUCUGCAGAACUCAGGUUGUGUCACGAUACCCAUUAUCAUCCACGAGUUGAUGCAUGCUAUUGGGAUGGAGCACGAGCAGUCCCGAACGGACAGGGAUAAUUACGUAACAAUGUUAUGGUCCAACAUCCAGGGCGGGACCGGUAACCGAAACAUGUAUAAAAUCCAGACACGGGACAGAAACCCGUACGAUCUGGCAUCAGUUUUGCAGUACAGACUGAACGCAUUCGCUAUUAACUAUAAUUACCCCACAAUGACGGUAAAAGACAGCCGGUUAUCGUUCUUGGCUGACACCGCUAUAGGACUGAUGUUCUACGACACCAAGGACGUCACCAUUAAUUACAAAUGCACCAAACAGUGCAACUCCUCCCUAAGUUGUGUACACGGGGGUUUCUUGAAUCACAACUGUCAGUGCUACUGCCCCAGCGAUCUAUACGGAAGUUCCUGCGAGUUAGUCGCCACUGCUACCGAAUGUGGGGGGAUCAUAGAGCUGAGAGCUGGCGAGGAGCGGACAAUCACUACCCCCGGAUGGCCAAACCCUUACACCCUGGGCAAGAGAUGUAUCUGGGUGGUGAAAGGGCCUCCAGAAAAUCAUAUCAAGAUGACCAUCGACUCGUUUGCAUUGAAUUACCAAGGAAGUACCUGUUAUCACUGGUUGGAGGUCAGAUACAAUCUAGCCGGUCAGCGAGGACCAAAAUUGUGCGGAUCUCGAAGCAGUGAGACAUACGUCACGACAGACGAUGAGAUGAAAAGUCAAAUGAUACUUAAAUUUGACAGUUUAACGUCAAACCGAGCCGCCAUGACUGGAUUUUCCAUCAGAGUCCAGAGUCUGGAUUCGGGUUGCCUCAAUAACCACUGUAUGUUUGGGACCUGCCGGACGUCUGACAGUGUCUGUGUGUGUUCCGGGGGAUUCUCUGGAUCUCGAUGCGACCAAAUAGCAGAUGGUACCAACAUGACGGCGACGUUUGAGCCCAGCGCUGGUCUUCCAUUCUUACAGAAUGAUGGAAACGCUUAUGACUGGAGUCUCCGAUCGGGUCCUACUCCGAGUAAUAAUACAGGACCCCCAGGGGCUCAGGAGGGUACAACCUAUAUCUACCUCGAAUCGUCUGCUCCGCACGUGCAAGGUGACACCGCAACGCUGACAUCAUCAGCCGUGACGUUUUCAUUGUCCUUGACUCGCUGUUUGCAGUUCUACUACUCCAUGUAUGGAGCCAAUAUGGGGACAUUGAAUGUUUAUUAUCAGAGCGGAACGGGGGCCAGGACAUUGGCCUGGUCACGCUCUGGUGAUCAGGGAGACCAGUGGAAUUAUGUUGAAGUUGAAAUUCCCAGCGUUUCUAGUUUACGGAUUUCCUUUGACGGAGUACGUGGGAGUGGACAUCUCAGUGACAUUGCUCUGGAUAACGUCAGAUUAUUCAGCGUCAGUUGUGCAUCAUUGGUAACGACAACUUCGACAUCUAUUUCUACAACGUCGACCACGCCCACCACCACAACCACGCCUACAACAACUACGACUUCCCCCACCACCACAACAACGCCUACCACUACAACUACAGCCGCCACUAUAACCACUACACCCACCACCACCACCAUGCCCACCUCUACAACCACCACCACCACAACGCCCACUACAACCACCACCACAUCUACCACAACAUCGGUCACCUUCCCAACAUCCACUUCAUCGAUACCGACAUCAGCCCCUACAAUAGUCCAAGCCACCUGCGAUUUCGAGCUGGGAGCCAACUGUGCCUUACUCAAUCUCUUCCCUCCUCCCAUUGGUCAACAAUCACCGGAUUUGUUUAGAGACGAUUUUGAUUGGGUGCUCACGAGAACGGGUAGCACACCUUCCCGUAACACUGGACCUACAUCAGCGUCUCAGGGCUCCCGCUACGCUUACAUUGAGGCAUCCAGUCCGCGCCGGAGCGGGGAGAGGGCAGUUCUGAGGACAAACACCAAUUUUCGAAAUAACCCGCAAUGCUUGUCGUUUGACUAUCAUAUGUUUGGGUCCGCCAACGGUAUGGGAAACCUCAAGAUCUACUCCAACAACAUCAAUAAUGAUAUCACAUUACUAUGGAAACGGGAAGGUAACCAAGGUAACCAGUGGCUAUCAACGUCAGUUGAGGUACCAGCGGCUACUGGGCUCGUAAUUUUCUUUGAGGCCACUAGAGGCACUACCUAUAAGAGCGACAUUGCCAUCGAUAAUGUCCGUAUUAUACAGGGCGCCUGUGGGUGUAGUACAAACCCGUGUAAAAAUGGUGGACAGUGCACAGAAACACCCACUGGGUUCACGUGCCAGUGUAGCAACGGGUUCGGAGGGACAACUUGUGACGUCAUAGCCGGUCCUGUGACGUGUAAUUUUAACUCCGGAAAUACAUGCGGCUUUCUGGCCCAGGCUACAAAUGAUGGGGACAACUGGCGAUUCGGAACGAGGACACCUAGUUACCGCACUGGACCCCAGACUCCCGUGGAUGGUAUAUUUGCCUACACUGAGGCUUCCUUCCGGUUCCGGGGCACCACUUACAUCCUGACUACAUCCGGGGUACAGUUACAGGAGAAUCCCUGGUGCAUGACGUUCCAAUACAACAUGUAUGGAAACAGGAUGGGGACUCUACAGGUCAACGCGGGGUCAGCCGGAAAUCUUACGAACGUGUGGUCACGCUCCGGUAAUCAAGGCCGAAACUGGAAGUCGGCGUCCAUCUCCAUCAGUUCCGCACCAAAUCUCGUGAUUAAUAUAAAGGCCAUCCGGGGCUGGGGAUACAGGAGCGACGUUGCUAUUGACAACGUUAAGUUGGAGACUGGGGCGUGUUCCAUCACAUCGUGAUUUGCUGAUCCCAAGCGACCAUUCUUUUUUCAUCUCUGUGAUACAUACUUCAAUAGAUUUACUUUUUGUCACCGUUGACUCAUUUUCCGUGAAAUUUAAACAUAAAGUGAAGUUUUAAAUGAAUUUUACGUCAAUCUUGAUCAUUUCUUACUCAUUGUUUUAAAACCAUGUUUCAGUCAUUGCUCUAAUAAUGGAGCAAUGUUUGCUCUCAGUUUUCUUUUGGAAACCUCCACUAAAGUGCUACAAAUGUUCUUAAUAUACCAAGUGCCAAAAUAAAAUUGCAAAUUGUAUAUGCGUAUGCUUUUGGACUCUUUGUUAUUAAAAAAUCAUGACAUUUUAA